AUGCUCUACUAUGGUCCGACCUACAUCUGGCGACGAGACCUCGACAUUGCUGAGCAAAACACAUUCUCAAACAACAUCGUGCAAUGGCUACUUAGCGAGCCUGCUCUUACAGAGGCCGUCUUCGCGGCGGCUCGGCGGCAGAUGGCGAUCGACUCAACCUCCGAACCUGACACCCUCACUGGUUCCAUGCAACACUACAACCGAGCCAUCUCACUGCUGCAACAACGUGUAGGCGAGGCCUCCGCAGCCUUUGACGACAGCAUCUUCUGGGCCGUCAUUGCCCUUCUUGUCAGUGAUCAGGAGCGUGAAGACUGGAACAGCUACUGCGUCAACCUGGACGGAAUUCGCAGGAUAGUCCAUAUGCGAGGCGGUAUGAGUUCUCUAAAGGCGUCGUGCAGUCGCUCCUACAGGUUCUACCUGUGGGCUGAAGCAUGUUUCUCAAACCGGAACAACAUCGUCAACGAGACUGGCCUACUCGCGACGCCGCCAGUAGUAUCAUCUGCUUCACGAUCCAUGUCCGCAACGUUCAACGCGCCUUUUGAAGAUCUGUUUCCCUUUGUGCGUCGCUGUUCCCCAGGAUUCCUGACCAUGAUUGAGAGCCACCCUUUCCACUGCGAGACGAUGACAGUCAUUGAUCGAAGCCUGGAAUGGUUCAUUGACACAGCGACUGGCAAGCACCAAGCUCAAAAAGUCAACCCGCACCACGAGCUUGCUGACGGGCUGCACAGGCUUCUGCAGAAGGGUGCCAUCAGUGACCGAGAGCGGCUAGUCUGUGUAGGAUUGUUGGCGCUCGUAUUGGGGACUUUCCCAGCCAGUAUGCCAGAGCAAUACCAACGGACAUUGAGCAAGUACAUCUCGAGACUCGGAGAGCUGAGCGAUGCCAUUUUGCGAGAAGACUGUACGUUAUGGGUGGCAUUUGCCAUUGCAGCGAUGCCUGCGUCUUUUGAUAUUACGCAGAUUGCCAGAUGGGGGUUACUUGACCGCAUCCUCAGAACCAAGGCACAGCCGAGCACCUGGGACGAUGUCAGGCAUACAGUCCGGCAGUUCUACGCCACGUCUCAACUCGAGGAGGAAUGGAGGAAGUGCUGGUUCAUCUGGAUAAGUAGGGGCUGUGGAAACUCGGAACAUACGCAGUCGCGAUUUCAGUACUCAGUAGAAUUUCUUCGUUGA